AUGUUUUUACAACUGGUUCAGUUGACUUGCCAACAUGUUAAGGACGUGGGUAUUAUCCAGACCGACGACGAUCAAGAGUCACAACGGUGCAAUUCAACUGCCAGUCAAAAUCCAGAGCCUUCAGAUGCUGAAGAUGAGAUUUCCGUGGGCGAUAACAGAAGUGACACAUCCACACCCAAAAAUUCUCAAUUUUCAUUGGAAGCCAAUGACUACAAAAAUAAAUUCGAUGGAGAGGAGACAAGACCUUCGUCACCCUUAGAGUAUAAUCAAACAAAUUACAGUUCACCUUUCAAAAGAGAUGAGAAUGAGUAUGAAAACAGAUCUGAAGAACGAAUGAAAUUGUACGAUACAAGUCUCUUUCAUCUGUACAGACCAGAGGGAGACAGCAAGAAAAAUGAAACAAACGAAAGCUAUGAGCAUUUAGGCGGACCCUUAUCAGAUAGUAUCUAUGGAAGGUCUAUGGAUUUGUCGAAGAGCUCAUUCCAGUCACAGCUAUUGGCUGGAUUUGCAUCAGUAAUUGCUGGAAGCACACAACGGGAGUCUCAAGAUUCAAACGAUCGCCAGUCAAGUCGACCCACCGGAGCUUCCACCUCGAGCCGCAAGCCACGAAGACGUCGCACUGCUUUCACCCACGCACAACUUGCCUACUUGGAACGCAAGUUUCGCUGCCAGAAGUACUUAAGCGUAGCCGACCGAGGAGACGUGGCUGAGGCUCUUAGUCUCAGCGAGACGCAAGUCAAGACUUGGUAUCAGAAUAGAAGGACAAAAUGGAAGCGCCAGAACCAGUUGCGCUUGGAGCAGCUGCGUGCGCAGGCGGCGAGCGGUGAGCGUGAGUUGGCAGCGCACGCACUGCCGCUCGCUUGUGCGUUACUGCCGCCGUACCCCACCUACAUGCACUGCCACCUUUAA